GCGGCCCGGCGGCGGCCCGGCAGCAGGAGGGAGCGGGGAGGCUCUGCCGGCGGCCCCGCUCGCCCGUAGCUCGGCGGGGCAUGCCCGGCUCCAGGAUGCCGGCCUGGGGGAUCCUGCCCGUCACGCUGCCUGCCUUCACCAUCACCGGGAUGUGGAUCGUAUAUGCCAUGGCACUCUCCAACAACCACAUCUGCCCUGUCCACAACUGGAAUUACAAUCAGUCGUGUGACAUGGACGGCCCCAGCUCCUGCUGCACUCUGGAUCACAUCCCCCUCGUCAGCAAAUGUGGCACCCUGCCUCCCGAGAGCUGCUUCUUCAGCCUCAUCUGCAGCCUGGGCUCCUUCAUGGUCAUCCUGGUGGGACUGCUGCGCUACGCCCACAUCCUGGAGCGCCUGGGGCCAUCCCUCCUCAACACCCUGGGGCUGGCCACUGGUUGGGUCUGCGCUGCUGGCCUCACCAUGGUUGGCAAUUUCCAGGUGGAUCACGCCAAGGUGCUGCACUACAUUGGGGCAGGGGUGGCCUUUCCCACCAGCAUGCUGUUCCUGCUCCUGCAGUCCAUCCUCACCUACCGCAUGGCCAAAACCCGAGGGCAGUACUGGACUGGCCACUUACGAAGCUUCCUCACCACUGUGGCCUUUGUCACCCUUGUCUUCAGUGGUGUGUUCUUCAUCCAGGAGAGCUUUGUGCUGCAGCAUGUGGCUGCACUGUGUGAGUGGAUGUUCAUCAUCGAUGUCCUGGUCUUCUAUGGCACAUUCACCUUUGAGUUUGGGGCCAUCUCCACAGACACCUUCCUGGUCCUGCUGAAAGCCAGCCGGGCUCCCAAAAGUUACAAAGACGAGAGCAGCGUGUCCAGCACGGCCCACAUCCACAGCCACGUGGAGGGCUUGGCUAUGGCCUGACCCCCACAGGAGGCAGCUCACAGUGGAGACUCCCAAACUGGGCUCUGACAGUAA